CAGCCCCUCCUCAUGGGACAGCAGCCGGUGCAGCCUUUCUGACUAUCCACACCCAAACUGUUCCAGCAUGAAAUUCCCAAGCUCGGUUUUGAUGUCAUUGUUUCUGUUUGUAGCAGAGACAGUGUUGGCUGUGUACCUGAGCAUCGCAUACAGCUCAGCAGGUGACAGGACCUGGCAGUCCCUUACCCUCUUGUUCUGUCUCCUGCCCUGCCUGCUGGUUCAGAUUUGCCUUGUCUUCAUCCACAGGGAUAUAAACAGGGACAGGCCACUGGUGCUGUUGUGUCAUCUCCUGCAGCUGGGACCCCUGGUCAGGUGCUUGGACGCUUUCUACCUUUACCUUAGUCAUGGCAAAUCAGAGGAGCCAUAUGUCAAUAUCAUCAAAAAGAAGCAGUUGUCCAAUGAUGGUGGUUGUGUGGAAGUGGAAAAGGAAGUUGGGCGCUGUGAAGGAAGGUUGUUUAUACACAGAUCUGCUUUCAGCCGGGCCUCAGUCAUCCAAGCGUUCCUCGGAUCCGCACCUCAACUGACUCUUCAGCUUUAUAUCAGUUUAUUACAGCAGCAUAUAAGCCUACCCAGAGGUUUGCUUAUGGGCAUAUCUCUGCUGUCCAUUAUAUAUGGAGCAUUAAGAUGCAAUGUACUGGCUAUCAAAAUCAAGUACGAUGAUUACUAUAUAAACUUUAGACCGACUGCCUACCUCUGCAUAUUUCUGUGGAGAUUCUUUGAGAUUGCCACAAGAGUCAUUGUCCUUGUCCUCUUCAGCUCGGUUUUUCAAAUCUGGACCUUACCCGUGGUGUUAAUAAAUUUUUUAUUUUUUUUCACCUGUCCAUGGAUUCUUUUUUGUAAAAGCAGAUCACCCUCUCCCAGAAACACAGAUAAGACCUUGAAGAAGAUGGGCACUGCUGUGCAGCUUUGCUUACUUACCUUCCUCUAUUCUGGAAUCAACAUGUUUUGUUGGUCUGCCAUUCAGCUUGAACUCAGUGAUCCAGACUUGAUUAACAAAUCUCAGAACUGGUACCGCAUGGCAGUGUAUUACAUGCUGAGACUUAUUGAAAAUGCUUUCCUGUUGUUGUUAUGGUACAUUUUCCAGACUGAUGAUUACUUUUUUAUAUGCCCCCCUGUCUUGGUCCUACAGCUACUGGUCAGUUACGGCAUCUCUGUGGUCUUCAUGCUGACUUUUUAUCAGUUCUGUCACCCCUGCAGGAUACUGUUUACGUCCAGUAUUUCAGAUGGCUUGUUAGCGUGCUUUAAGUUCCUUUGUUAUAUGUGUAUACCAUCAAGAGCAUCAACUCAAGGGAAUAGAUUUGGUGCAAAACUUUCUAAUAGCUCUGAAAUUGCUGAGCCUUAAAUGAAAAUUACAACAUGUGAUUUACAUUGCCAUGACAGAGGUAACCUUUGUUGAGAUGCAAGCAGAUCUAGUAGACUUUUGAAUGGCACUGAAGACAAAACCGUGACACAGAAAGAGACAUAGCAUCAGAAAAUGAAGAGCAGUGUGACCCUUACAUUUAAGAACCAGAAGGUGCAA